AUGCCACCAAAACGGGGUCUGUGUGCAGAAUGUAAAUCCUAUGAUGAGGGCGCAAUUGACCUUGAUAACAAUCAAUGGUACUGCAAUUCAUGCUGGGCUGUACACACUAGCACUAUGUCAAAUGAAAAGUUGACAAAGAAGUCUACCACAAUGCGAACAAAUGGCAUUUCUAAGUCUACUAAUGACACUGAAAGUAUUAAUAGUUGUGAUCUUGUUCACUCUGAGAGAGUACAGACGCCGAUCACAGGUGGAGUCGAUAUACGGAGUACGGGAGGGUUUCUCGGAAACAGUCACCAUACACGAGUAAAAAAUCAUGUAUCUGGCAGAUCUAUCAAGAGCUCAGAGGUAGGUGUGAGCAAGGGUGGCCAAAGUGCAGUGAUUGAUGCCGUGGAGUCUGCGUUGAGACGACAGAAGGAUGUUUUUUUUUCCUGCAAAUCUUCUCAGAACGCUGUAACUUCUGUUUAUUCCACGCUGGUGCAAAACUUUAGUGACGAAAGCCCGCCCCCUACCAGUUUUGUGGCCGCGUCUAUGCAACCACAGCACUCCAUACGUAUUAUUACGCAUUCUGGUGUUCCUUUAUCCCCUCGAGGAGAUCGUGCUGGAGGAGCUGGUUAUUUGGCACAUCAGGCACUCCCUAAAGUACCACUAGAUAUGCUUCUUUCCACUGUAGAUGAUAUAGUAUCCCAGGUGUACGUGGUCUUUGAUGAGGAUCUUACCAAACUAUUGCUAAAUGGGCUUGACCGUGUCACGGCGUGUGAGACAACUGAACAACAAGAGCUUAUGAAGAUGAGAGUAAUCGAUACACUCCUUGAGACAUUUGGUGAGAAGCACUGUAACCUCUUGCAGUGUAUCUUGUACAAACCACGGGACAUCUUUUUGCGUUUACUGGAGGGAUUUUGCACCUUAGAGGAUGACGACAAGAGCGACAGCAACAUGGUGGGUGGAUCUGACCCAAUAGGACUCACCGUACGUUUCGUGAAAAGCGGAGGUAAACAGCGAUCCCAAGAUCAGAAUGUUGCAUUCGACAGUAAUGGUGAGAUCGAAAAUCUGCGUUGGCUUCAACACAUGAAGAGUCGAUAUCGUGCUUUAAUGGCGGAAUAUGAGCUAGACUACAUUUUUCGUAAGGACCUUAGCACAAUUGGAUCUGCUGUACCCAAGGGAACUACUGUGACGCGACAGAGCGAUCAUAUUCGUAUCCAUAUCCCACCUCCUCAGCUUGAAAUGCUUCCACUUGAUAAGCGUGUUUGCGUAGCAACUUCGCUGCCAGAGUGGACACACCCAGCCUUUCUUUCCAUUACUCAUUUGAACACGAUUCAAACAUCCAUUUUUGAGACAGCCUUUCACACUUCACAAAAUAUGCUAGUGUGUGCACCAACAGGGGCCGGAAAAACUGUCUGUGCACUGCUGGUGAUGCUGCGUUGUAUAAACGAAAAUUUUGAAAAUGGUAUUUUAAAUCGUGACUUCAAGAUAAUUUUUGUAGCUCCGAUGAAAGCAUUGGCACAAGAAAUGGUUGAGAAUUUUUCGCGUCGCCUGGCGCCGUUUAUGAUCAAGGUGCGUGAGCUAACGGGAGACAUGCAGUUGACGAGACGCGAUAUAGUGGAAACACAGGUAAUUGUCACGACCCCGGAAAAAUGGGACGUUAUCACACGUAAAAAAAGCAAUGAAGAGUUAAUGAAUAAGGUAAAGCUUCUCAUUAUUGAUGAGAUCCAUUUACUGAAUGAGGAGCGGGGCCCCGUAAUUGAAGCGCUUGUGGCCCGUACAAUGAGGCAAGGAGAGAUGGAUACAGAUCACCGCGUGCGUUUGAUCGGGUUAUCUGCAACCCUGCCUAAUUACAAGGAUGUGGCUAAUUUCUUACACGUUGAUUUAGGAGAAGGUCUAAAGGUAUUUGGCCCCGAAUACCGUCCUGUACCGUUGGAACAGACCUUCAUUGGUAUGCAGGAUGUUUCUAACAAGAAUAAAGAGACGCGUCUAAAUGAGUUAGCUUAUCAAGAGGUCCUUCAAAAUGUGAAAGAAGGACAUCAAGUCAUGGUUUUUGUUCAUUCACGAAAGCAAACUGUAAACUUAUGCAAGUAUUUUAUAGAUGAAAUGAAGUUGUGUGGUAAUGAACGAUAUUUUCGAUUCGACACUACACUUCCUUCGAAUGUUGAAAAGAAAGCUCGUAAUUUACAGGGCAAAGAUCUUUACACGCUCUUCCAGAGUGGAUUUGGGGCACACCACGCGGGACUCAUUCGGUACGAUCGCACAACUACUGAAAGCCUCUUCCGCGAGGGCUACAUUCGAGUGCUUUGCUGUACUAGUACCCUGGCAUGGGGUGUGAACCUUCCGGCGCAUACUGUGGUUAUACGUGGGACGCAACUAUACGACCCGAAACGCGGUGGUCUGGUAUCAAUUUCGGUUUUGGAUGUGAUGCAAAUUUUCGGCCGUGCUGGGCGUCCUCAGUUCGACACCAGAGGACACGGUAUUAUUAUUUCUGACGACAAAGAAAUUAGUCAUUUUCUUCGACUCAUUUCUAGCGCGUUGCCAAUUGAGAGUCAGAUGCAGUCCAAGUUACGUGAUCAUCUCAAUGCAGAGGUCAGUGCGGGAACGAUAUCAUCUAUUUCUGAGGCAUCUUCCUGGCUAGAGUAUACUUAUCUAUGGCAGCGAAUUCGUGUCAAUCCGCUGAUAUAUGGGUUGAAGAUAAGCAACAUUCGAAAGGAUCCUGAACUAAAAGCUGUCAGGUACGAGAUUAUUCACGACGCGUUCUCUGAUUUAGCGGUAAUUGGAAUGGUUCAGUACAAUCCUGAAAUUGGUUCUGUUGAGCCUACUGAUCUGGGUCGCUUGGCAAGUCACUACUACCUCACACACACUACGGUCAGCAUUUUCAAUGAGAAAAUGCGGCGCCCAGACGGGACUUGGGAAGACUCGCUUGAUAUGGGCACUGCUAUGAACGUGUUGGCAUGUGCUAGCGAGUUCUCAACGCAGCGCGUGCGCCAAGAGGAGUUGAACACACUUCAGAAGUUACAUAUGCAGCUUCCUAGGCCGGUGCGUGAGUACCGCAUCACCGGCGAGAGCGCCGAUGAGACAAGCGUUCAGUGGAAGGUAAUGACGCUACUUAAGGCGUAUAUAAGUCGCUUGUAUAUCGAGGACCAUUCGUUAUCGGCAGAUGUCAACUACAUUGUUCAAAAUGCCCCUCGUAUUGCCAGGGCACUCUUUGAAAUUGAGCUAGAACGCGGUCACCCUCUUACAACAUACAUCUUUCUUACCCUGUGCAAAUGCUUGGAGCAUCAGUGCUGGGACUUUGACCAUCCACUUCUUCAGUUCCCUACUUGGAGCCAUAAGGUGAAUAUACCAGAUGCCGUCUGGAGCAAUUUGCAAAAUCGUAAUCCAAGCAUAUCUAUGUUGCAGGAGCUUACGCCAAAGGAAAUCGGUGAUAUGGUGCAUAACAUGCGCAGUGGACGUGAUAUCGCUGCUCUCGUUUCAAAAUUCCCAACUCUGCAGCUGCACAUCGACGUCCAGCCUAUCACAUGCACUAUUCUUCGUGUUAAAGUUACAAUCCAGUCGAAUUUUGAAUGGAGCCGCGACAUUUCAGGCAAUUCAGAGAUGUUUUGGCUGCUUGUGGAAGACCAAGAUAACCAUUUUAUUUUCCAUCACGAAUCUGUUCUGAUCACGCGCAAGGAGGUCGAGAGUGGUGAGCCGCACGUCGUGAAUCUGUCUAUUCCUAUUAUGCCUCAGUAUGACAUGUAUUCGGUACGUCUGUAUAGUGAUCGCUGGAUGGGUUGCCAGGAGGAUUACACUUUUUCGAUUGGACACCUACAUUUACCAGAGGACGCCCAAAUGACAACUAAGCUACUUCCACUCGCACCGCUUCGUUUAACUGUCUUGCCCGAGAAGUACCAAAAGAUGUUCGCGAGUCACAGUCAGUUCAACGCCAUGCAAACACAGGUCUUUCAUGUUAUGUACCAUACAGAUAAAAAUGUCUUUUUGGGAGCACCUACUGGCAGUGGUAAAACUAUAGCAGCAGAGUUGGCCAUUUUGCGUGUGUUUGAUCAUUUUUCUUCCGGGAAGAUUGUCUACAUUGCUCCGCUCAAGGCAUUGGUAAAGGAGCGGCUGCGGGAUUGGCAGCGGCGGAUGCGACUGAUCGGCAGGUCUGUGGUGGAACUGUCUGGUGAUUCAACCCCUGAUAUUAUUGCCUUGGUCAAAGCUGAUAUUUUGUGUACCACUCCAGAGAAAUGGGAUGGUAUUUCGCGCAACUGGCAGGUGCGAAGCUAUGUGACAUCAGUAAAGCUGGUAGUGUUUGAUGAGAUCCACAUGCUGGGUACGGAUCGAGGCCCUAUUUUAGAGGUGAUUGUAAGCCGUAUGCGGUACAUUGGAUGGAGUUUGAGUACCCCGAUUCGUUUAGUAGGUUUGUCAACAGCGGUUUCGAAUCCGAUGGAUUUGAGCUCAUGGCUUGGUGUGGAGAAGUGUGCUAUCUUCAACUUCGACCCAUCCGUGCGUCCAGUCCCUAUGAUAGUCCACAUUUCCGGUUAUCACGGAAGGCACUACGCUUUGCGCAUGGCGGCCAUGAAUAAGCCUACAUACAACGCUAUUUGUGAGAAAAGUCCUACUCAGCCGGUCAUUGUUUUUGCUUCAUCUCGGAGACAGACACGUCGGACUGCCAUGGCGCUUAUUGGGUUUCUUUUGGCAGAAAAUAACACACCAAAGUGGAUACAUAUGGAAGUUGAUGAGAUCGAGAAAAUGAUCUCUAAAUUGACUGAUCCCUACUUAAAGCACUGCAUGCAGUUUGGUGUUGGAAUUCAUCAUGCUGGUUUGUUAGAGAGCGACCGCUUCAUUGUUGAGGAGGCGUUUCGUUCUACCAAAAUUAUGGUUCUCGUGGCAACUUCGACGUUGGCUUGGGGACUGAACUUUCCUGCCCAUAUGGUUGUCGUCAAGGGAACUGAGUAUUAUGACGCUAAAACAAAAGGCUACAUCGAUUUUCCCAUUGUUGAGGUUUUACAAAUGAUUGGGCGCGCAGGAAGACCACAAUAUGACACCGAGGGGGUGGCCCAAGUGCUAUGCCACGAGGCGAAGAAAGGAUUCUACCGAAAAUUUUUGUACGACCCAUUUCCUGUGGAGAGCGACCUUCACAAACAGCUUCAUGUUCAUAUUAACGCCGAAAUUGUUUCUGGUAUUAUCACAACGCGGCAGGAUGCCAUGAAUUACCUUACUUGGACCUACUUAUUUCGCCGUGUUACACGUAACCCAUCUUAUUAUGGUCUCGAGGACGGUUCCCCCAAGGCUGUGACAUUGUUUUUUUCUAAUCUAGUGAAGGAUAUAUUGGAUGAACUGGAGGAAAAUGGUUGUAUCGAGUUUGGAGAUUACACAGAUGAAGAUGCAAACCCAAACGUAUUGCAAUACACGGUUCUCGGCAAGUUGUGUUCGUACUACUACAUUUCUCAUCGCACGGCUGGAAUGUUUAAUCGUAGGAUUCUGCCAUCCAUCACUUGUGUGGAGGCUUUACGAAUUCUCUGUGAUACAGAAGAAUAUAAUGAGGUACCUGUGCGACACAAUGAGGACAAGCUAAACAUGGAACUAGCCCGUAGGCUUCCCUUGCCUGUGUCAGCUGACGAAGCAGAUAGUCCAAAUUUGAAGGCUUUUUUACUUUUUGAAUCCCAUUUCGAGCGCGCGGUGCUUCCCAUAACUGACUACAUCACGGACCAGAGAUCCGUAAUAGAUAACGCGGUGCGUAUAAUUCAGGCCAUGGUUGAUGUAGCUGCAAACAAUGGACAUUUAUAUGCAUCCUUGCGUUGUAUGACACUGAUGCAGUGCAUAGUGCAGGGUAUGUGGUGGAACGGUCCUACGUUAUUACAGAUUCCUAACGUUACUCUAGAGAUGUUGCCGGUUAUACAAAACGAAUGUGGCAUAAAUCACAUAGCAGAGUUAGCCAACAGCUCUCUUGAGACUUUCCAGCGUUUUGAGAAAGUAUUGCAGCGGCCUGACUUUGGCCUCAUAGCAGACCAAGUGUAUGAGGCGAUGGAGGGGGUUCAGGGCCUACCACUGGUGCAAGUUGAUGUUUCUGUGCGUUCUCUCGAGUCUGAGGCAACUGAGACUAAGGAAUUUCACACAAAUGAUAGGAAUGAUAUCCCAGUAUUUGAAGUUAGUGUGUACCUAGAGCGACUUUCUCAGCCUCGAAAGCACGUUGUAGCACCUCGUUUCACAAAGAACAAGGACGAACAGUACUAUGUGUGUCUUGGCCAUGAGGCCACGGGCGAGCUUGUUGCCCUUAAGCGUGUUAAUCGCCUGAAUCGUCGGAGUGUAACAAAAUUACGCGUGGAAUGGGACGAGAAUUGGUCGAAGGCUGAAGCUCAACACCCUUUGAAGGGGAGUACAGGAUGUGGGACUGAGAUGAGUGUUUAUGUGGUGUGCGAUUCAUUCGUAGGCAUGGAUCAACAAUAUGUUUUCGAGCUUUCAUGUCCUAAAAUUAAGUGUCAUGCAAGUAAUUUCGUUUGA